AAAAAAAAAAACCAGUUUAAUCAUUACAUAUGUGUCUCUAGAAUAAGAUUGAAAAAUAAGCUCUCUUACUCUUGUACAUAGAAGUAUGAUUAAUGUGGGUUUUAAAGAAUUAUUUCUUAAAGCAUUUGUUCAUUCAAUAGGCAUAUUUUGAGUGUCUUUUGUGUGUUGUAGGCCAGGUGUUGGAAUACGGUAAUGAGCAAGCAGUUGUCCUAUCCUUACAGAGUUCACCUGCCAGGGAAUUCAUGGUAGAUACAUUAGAAAUGAAAGUAAGACUCAUGCACACUUAAUUCACUGUGAAACAUCCCAUACACAAAUGUAAAAUCUCAUACCCUGUUUAUCACUUAAUCACAAUUUAUAAAUCUGUUUGUGUGUGUGUGUGUGUGUGUGUGUGUGUGUGUGUGUGUGUGUUUUAAUGUCCUUAUUACUAAACUGUAAGCUCCAUUAAAGCAGGGACUGUAUCAGUUAUUCCUAGCACCUGGUUUGUUUGGUAUGUGACACACUGAGUUUUCAAGUAUUUGAGGAAUAAAUGAACAGCACCCACUUUGGUAAUGAGUGGCUUCUGAACUGUUUUUCUAAAGUCCUGGCAAGAUUGAUUCUAGAGGAGAAAUGUGUAGAGCAGUAGGAGAGGGAAGAAGGAAUAGACAAAAUGCUUUACUUGCAAUAUUUUUCAUAAUAUCAAGUAAUACUUGACAUAGAAUUCAGUGUUUGGGUUUUUUUUCUUUGACAGAAUUAUAGUGAACAUCAUUCACAGCACUUCUGAUUACCAUCCAAAAGUUUUGCGAUUUUUGAAUGUGGCUUUCGAUGGCACAGGCGACUGCUUAAUUGCUGGAGACCACCAAGGAAAUAUUUAUGUUUUUGACUUGUGUGGAAACAGAAUAAUGAACUUCAACAUCAAGGAUUCUUUGCACUUCAUUUGCUUAUCUACUGUUACUUACUUUUCCUAUUCUCCACCAAGUGUUGCAAACCUUUACCAAUUUCCUUGUCUCCUUGUGUUGGACUCUACUCUUACUCUGACUGCCAGCCCUCCUGAUUCAUGAGAAAAUGGACACCUGCAAGCUUUCCUUUCUCCUUCCCAUUGCAGCCUCAAAUAUAUUGUUCAAUCUUGUUCAGCGAACAGCACAAGCUUGCACAGCUCUGGCCUUUAAUCUUCGUAGGAAAUCUGAAUUCCUUGUGGCAUUAGCUGAUUAUUCUAUUAAAUGUUUUGAUACAGUCACCAAGGAGCUAGUUAGCUGGAUGAGAGGACAUGAAUCAUCAGUAUUUUCAAUCUCUGUGCAUGCGUCAGGGAAAUAUGCCAUCACUACUUCUUCUGAUACAGCACAAUUAUGGGACUUGGAUACCUUUCAGAGAAAAAGAAAGCUGAAUAUUCGCCAGUCUGUGGGUAUACAGAAGGUUUUCUUUCUGCCAUUAAGUAAUACCAUCCUCAGCUGUUUUAAAGAUAAUUCCAUUUUUGCCUGGGAAUGUGACACACUUUUUUGCAAAUACCAACUGCCAGCUCCACCCGAAAGCUCUAGUAUAUUAUACAAAGUGUUUGCUGUGACCAGAGAUGGCCGAAUCCUGGCUGCUGGAGGCAAGUCAAAUCAUCUUCAUUUGUGGUGCUUGGAAGCUAGACAGCUCUUUAGAAUUAUCCAGAUGCCCACUAAAGUUCGAGCCAUUCGCCAUCUAGAAUUUCUUCCUGAUAGUUUUGAUGCUGGUUCUAAUCAGGUUCUUGGAGUACUAAGUCAAGAUGGUAUUAUGAGAUUUAUCAAUACACAGACUUGUAAACUGCUCUUUGAGAUUGGGAGCCUUGAUGAAGGAAUUAGCUCAUCAGUAAUUAGCCCACAUGGACGGUACAUUGCAUCUAUUCUGGAAAAUGGAAGUCUAAACAUAUACUCAGUUCAGACUUUAACAAAAGAAAUAAAUAAGCCACCUCCACCUUUAGUGAAAGUUAUUGAAGAUUUGCCUAAGAAUAAACUGAGUUCCAGUGAUCUUAAGAUGAAAGUAACAUCAGGAAGAGUUCAGCAGUCGGCAAAAUCUAGGGAAAGCAAAAUACAAACUAGAAUAUUAAAACAAGACCUGACUAGUAAUUUUGAAAGUAAAAAGAAUGAAUUACCAGAUGGAUUAAACAAAAAGCGUUUACAAAUCUUAUUAAAAGGCUAUGGGGAAUAUCCAACAAAAUACAGAAUGUUCAUUUGGCGCUCUCUACUACAACUGCCUGAAAAUCAUACUGCAUUUAGUAGCCUCAUAGAUAAGGGGACUCAUGUGGCGUUUCUCAACCUUCAGAAGAAAUACCCCAUCAAAAGUAGGAAACUACUCAGAGUAUUACAGAGAACCUUAUCUGCAUUAGCUCACUGGUCUGUCAUUUUUAGUGACACACCGUAUCUUCCACUCUUGGCAUUUCCGUUUGUAAAAUUAUUCCAGAACAACCAACUCAUCUGUUUUGAAGUUAUUGCUACUCUCAUAAUGAAUUGGUGUCAACACUGGUUUGAGUAUUUUCCUAACCCUCCUAUCAAUAUUCUUAGUAUGAUAGAAAAUGUUUUGGCAUUUCAUGACAAGGAACUGCUGCAGCACUUCAUAGAUCAUGAUAUAACCUCCCAGCUAUAUGCAUGGCCUCUUCUUGAAACUGUGUUCUCGGAAGUGCUGACAAGAGAAGAGUGGCUGAAAUUGUUUGACAAUAUCUUUUCCAACCAUCCUUCCUUCCUUUUGAUGACUGUUGUAGCCUACAACAUAUGUUCUAGAGCGCCUCUGCUCAACUGUAAUCUUAAAGAUGAUUUUGAGUUUUUUUUUCACCAUCGGAAUAACCUGGAUAUAAAUGUUGUGAUUAGACAAGUUUAUCAUCUCAUGGAGACCACGCCCACUGCCAUUCAUCCAGACAGCAUGCUUCAUGUUUUCGUUGCACUGACAAAAGGGCAGUAUCCAGUAUUUAAUCAAUAUCCAAAGUUUAUUGUGGACUAUCAGACACAGGAACGAGAAAGAAUAAGGAAUGAUGAGUUGGAUUACCUGAGGGAGAGGCAGACAGUUGAAGAUAUGCAAGCUGAAGUCGACCAGCAAAGAGUUGAAGAUGAAGCUUGGUACCAGAAACAGGAGCUGCUUCGUAAAGCUGAAGAAACAAGAAGAGAAAUGCUCUUACAAGAGGAGGAGAAAAUGAUACAACAAAGACAGAGGCUAGCUGCUGUGAAGAGAGAGCUGAAAAUAAAGGAAAUGCACUUACAAGAUGCUGUAAGAAGGCGUUUUCUGAAGCUUCAGCAAGAUCAACGGGAAAUGGAGCUAAGAAGACUGGAUGACGAGAUUGGGAGAAAGAUAUACAUGAGAGAUCGAGAAAUUGCUGCCACAGCCAAAGACCUAGAAAUGAGACAGCUGGAACUCGAAUCACAAAAGAGACUUUAUGAGAAGAAUCUUACUCAAAAUCAAGAAGCUGUUGCAAAAGAAAUGCGAGCAGAUGCAGAUGCUUAUAGACGAAAAGUGGAUCUUGAAGAACACAUGUUUCAUAAACUGAUAGAAGCAGGUGAAAUGCAGAGCCAAAAAACUCAGAAGGUGAUGGAAGAAAAUUUGGCGAAGGCUGAACAAGCAUGCCUGAAUACUGACUGGAAGAUUCAGUCUUUACAUAAACAAAACUGUGAUGAUCUACAACGAAACAAAUGUUACCAGGAAGUAGCCAAACUCCUUAGGGAAAACAGAAGGAAAGAAAUAGAGCUAUUAAAUGCAAUGGUGGAGGAGGAAGCCAAGAAGAGGAAGGAAGCUGAAGGAAAAGAGUUCGAUUUGAGAUCGGCAAAGAAAGCUUCUGCCCUUUCAGAUGCAUCUAGAAAGUGUUUUUUAAAGCAAGAGAUAAAUGCAGCCAUCGAACAUGCUGACCAUCUAUGUCAUAAAGAAAAGUCCAGGUUCCAAAAUGAACAGGAGGACUCAAGCUGUUUGCCUAGAACCUCACAACUAAAUGACACUUCUGAAAUGGAUCCCUCAACACAGAUUUCUUUAAAUCGAAGAGCAGUAGAAUGGGACACCUCGGGACCGAAUCUUAUCAAGAAAGUGAGAAAUCUUCGCCAGAGACUCACUGCCCAGGCUCGUCACAGGUGUCAAACCCCACAUCUUUUGGCCACAUAGAAGGCAUGUCACCUUGAGACAGUCAAGAGAGAGACCUAUUUUGCAAUCAGUGACCCUGAUUUUUAGAUUAUUUAUUUAAAAUUCCUAUGAAGAUUAACCUUUUGUACAGAAAAAUGUGUCUAUAAAAAUUAUGUUAUUCUAAUACUUUUUGGCUUGUAAAUGGCUUCUUGAACUUUUUACAAUAAAAAUGUUAUAGAAACU